CUUGUUCCUCUGCUCCCGCCCUGCUGCCUUAAUCCUCACAACAGCCCUGGAAGGUAGACUAGGAUGAGAGUGAGUGAGUUUCGUGUCAGAGGAAAGAUCUGAACCUGGCUCUGGGUGAAAGCUGGCCCUGUUGAAUUUCUGCAUGUUAAAGGUAAAGGGACCCCUGACCAUUAGGUCCAGUCGUGGGCGACUCUGGGGUUGCGGCGCUCAUCUCGCUUUACUGGCCAAGGGAGCUGGUGUACAGCUUCCGGGUUAUGUGGCCAGCAUGACUAAGCCGCUUCUGGCGAACCAGAGCAGCGCACAGAAACGCUGUUUACCUUCCCGCCAGAGCGGUACCUAUUUAUCUACUUGCACUUUGACGUGCUUUCGAACUGCUAGGUUGGCAGGAGCAGGGACCCAGCAACGGGAGCUCACCCCGUCACGGGGAUUCGAACCGCCAACCUUCUGAUUGGCAAGUCCUAGGCUCUGUGGUUUAACCCACAGCGCCACCCGCGUGGGCUGCUGUAAAAGGCACCUGAUGUGGGGCGAUAUUAUAUUAAUAUACUUCUACACCUGGUGUGUAUGCAUGUUAAUUGUUUUUAGAACAGUUUUUGAUGUUGCAGUUUAUAGUUUGUUUAAAAAAAUAAUUGCUUUUAUGUAUGUGCGUGCAGUGGUUUUAACUGUUUUUAUAUUCCUAACAUAUAAUCAUGAAAUCCUAGAACUGGAAGGGUUCAAGUUGGGCAAAAGAUCCCUGCAUUGCAGCGGGUUGGACUAGAUGACCCUGGGAUCCCUUCUAACUCUACAAUUCUAGGAUUGUGUAUUCUAGGAACACCGUGCAGUACAAACAUCUCAACACAAGCAUUCAUGACAGGCGGCCAUCCAACCUCUGCUUAAAAUCCUCCACCUUCUGAGGCACUCUAUUCCACAGACGCUUUUAUUAUACAGUGGUACCUCGGGUUACAUAUGCUUCAGGUUACAGACUCCGCUAACCCGGAAAUAGUGCUUCAGGUUAAGAACUUUGCUUCAGGAUGAGAACAGAAAUCUUGCUCCGGCAGCACGGCAGCAGCAGGAGGCCCCAAUUAGCUAAAGUGGUGCUUCAGGUUAAGAACAGUUUCAGGUUACGAACAGACCUCCGGAACAAAUUAAGUACUUAACCCGAGGUACCACUGUAUUGUGGAUUGCUUUGAGGCACCUCAUGGGAAGAGAGUAAUAAAUGAAAUUUCACACACCUCAAAUUGCAAUCCUGAGCAUUUCUGUUCAGAUAAAUUGAGUCAGGUCCCUUAACUUCUUUUCUUUUCGCCAAUUAUUUUUAUUGAUACUCCAGAAUUUUUAACAAAUUGUCACCAAAUUAAUACAAAUUCAAUAUGUACAAAUUUGAAAGUUGACUUCCCACCCCCUGCCCGCCAGAUGUCGUUUGCUCUCUCAUUUGCUGCUCCCACUAAAAUAAUGUUUUACAGCUAUCAUUUCAAAAUACAUUCAUCCCUUCUCCCUACACAUCACCUGCUCAAUUACCAAUUUCUGCCAUGGCUUUUAUACAUCGUUAUAACUUGUCCUCCAAAUAGUCGAGUAGAGUACCGGUAAAUCCUCUUCCGUCUAUCUAUAAGAGUUGUUCAUCAAUUUUCAGGUCCCUUAACUUCAAUGGGUCUACUCUGAGUUAGGACUAGCAUUUGCUCCAGAGUAGACAGAGAGAGGUUUUCCUCUCUCUUUCCUAAUACCAGAAAUUUGGUAUUAACCCAGUGAGGCUGAACGGUGAAGCACUUCUUCACGCAGCACAGUUAAACUGCAGAACUUUAAAAGAGGAUUGGACAAAUUCAUGGAAGAUGAAGGAGUUCUCUUUUAAAGCACAUUCAAAGCAUUUAAAUAAACAUUUGCAAUUUUAUUUACAAAAAACAAGAAACCUAACAGUAUGACAAUAUAGAAGUAUAUAUAAACACCGUUGAUGGAAUCUUUUGAGGAGUUGGAGAUGGCAUUUAUAAGUGGUCCAUGUUUCACAAGCAUAUAGUAAGGUUGGUAGUACAAUAGCUUUGUAAACAAGCAUUUUGGUUGCCCUGUGAAUGUCCCAAAAUUUUUUACACAUCCUUUGGGAAGACAGGUGAACUAAUAUCGGUGUACUGGAAGAAGCAAAGAUCACCAGAGUCAAAGCAAUGAUUCUUCAACAUCAACUUUGUUGGACCAGUCAUGUUGUGCAGAUGCCUGAUGAUCAUCUCCCAAAGCAACUACUCUAUUCCAAAUUUAAAAAUGGAAAGCAUAAUGCUGGUGGUCAACAAAAGAGGUUUAAAGACUGUCUCAAGGCAAAUCUAAAAAAAUGUAGUAUAAACACUGACAAUUGGGAAACACUGGCUUGCGAGUGCUCCAGUUGAAGAACAGCCUUUACCAAAGGUGUCAUGGGCUUUGAAGACACUCGAACUCAGGACGCAAGGGAGAAACAUGCUAGGAGGAAGGCACGCUUGGCAAAUCCACACCGGGUUUAACUCCUGCACGGAAACCAAUAUCCCCACUGGGAAGGAAGUGUGGAUCCAGAAUUGGCCUCCACAGUCACUUACGGACUCAUUGUUAAAACCGUUUUAAUGGAGGACAAUCUUACUCGGCUAUAUAUGUAAUGUAAUGAUUAUAGAUAAUGUUACGGGGGGGGGGGAAUCAAUAAUUUUUUUUUUUUUUUAAUAAAAUAAAGCACAUUCAAAGCACAUUCUUUCCCUCAAAGAAUUCUGGGCGCUGUAUUCUGCGAAGGGAUUCUCGGAACUGUCACUCCGCAACAGAUAAACUAGAAUUUAUCUUUCCCAGAAUUCUUUGAGGGAAAGAAUGUGCUCCAAAUGUCUUUUAGAUCUAUAGUGCGUAACACAGCUUUAAAGCACAUUUUAAGCCCACAAACAAUUCUGGGAACUGUAGUUUGUUGAGGGUGCUGGAACUGUAAACUCUGUUGAGAGGUAAACUAGAGACCAGAAUUCUUUGAGGGAAAUCAAGUACUUCAUAUAGUGUAUGUAGGCAGCCAAGGAUUGCGGCUUAAGUUAUUCAGCACCAAAGCCUUACUCUGUAAAGUCCUAGGUGCCUUUUGUACAUGUGUUUAUUGGAAAGCUGAUCUAAAAAAUGUGCCCGGCAGCAGACAACCAAACAUAAUUUGUAAGAAGUAAAUUUAGAAUUGAAUUCUUUUAUUGAUUCAUCACUUCUGUACGUGUCAAGCCAGAAGUAAGCCGCAGUGAGUUUAAUGGGACUUACUCCCAGGUAAAGACUGCAGCCUUAAUUGACCUUUUUUUUUUUUUUUUUAAGUGUUCCAGUUAUCCAGGUAAACAGGGUAUUUCUGUAUGCCUACUGGCAAUACAGAUUUUAUUGAUAGAUAGAUAGAUUGAUUGAUUGUUAAAUUUAUAUGCUGAACUUCCUCCAAGGAUCACAAGGUUUUUGAAUGUCUGAUGUAGAUUUUUUCAAUGUUGUUGUUCUGUAUGGGACAAUAAAGAUUAUUGUAUCAUACUUUACGAUCCUAGUCUGUACCUGUGCUCAGUUUGACAUUGUUCUGCCAAACGGAAUUGUUAGUAAUUGUUGUAUAUAUGGCAUUGUGUUUACAUCAGGAGUUGUUUCUACAUUUCUUCAUUUAUUAAUGGCCUUUGACAUAAAUGCCUCAAAGCGAUUUAGACAUAUAGAAAUAUUUUUAAAAGCAGUUUUUUUAAAAAAACAACAACCACACACCUGAAAAUAGGUUUCAAAACCAUUCAAAUAAUGAACAUCAAAGGCAAGAGACUUUCAUCCAGUUGGAGAAGCUUGUGGAAAGAAACAAACAAACAAAAAUUGUUCAAGGGGCAGAGCUUGAAUGACCUGAUGGGAUUUUUGCUUUUUGACAUAUGGCAUGAUUUUAUUUAUCCCCCACCCCCGAUUUUAUUAAAUCUUUUUCAUACUACAAUAAAAUACUGUACAAAUAUUGAGGCGUAUGGUCAAAUUUUUACCAACAUGCAAAUAUCUGGCUCAUUCAAGACUAUACGGAACCUGUGAGGGAACUCACGACUGGAGAAUCCUUUUAUUUAUAUAAAUCUUUAUUAUUUGCAAAGGGAACCUCUCCCUUUAGAGGCUAUUAUUAUCCCUUUAGAGCUGUGCUGCAUCUUUGCACUUUUUUCCUUCCAGGCUGCGAUGCUUUGCGGCUUAAAUAUUUCGCGCUUCGUUUUCUUUCUUUUUGUUACUUUUGUUGCCUGUAGCGAAGAAAAUGAAAAUAAUGCAGAAAGUGAAAGGAACAAAAAAUGUCUUCAUUUUUUUCUUCUUCUUCUGGAAAACACAGCACUCUGAAAAAGGAAUGUAAGUCUGCAGCAUGGAAUUGCUUUUGAUUGUUGAUGUUCUCUCUUCCGGGUAUUUUUAGGAGGAAGCACAAACGGAAUUUUUUAAAAAAGCUGCACCUGUUGAACUUCUGCCUGCUUCGUACAAGACCUGCCGGAUAGCAACCUGGUCUACUGAGGCGGCAGCUGCAGGCGUUUCAAGAGCCCCUCCUGCUUCUCUGGGAGCUGCAGGUUUGAAUUUACCCAAGAAGGGUUAACCCAAUAGAUCCGGUGACAGCUGCUAGAGAGGCCGCAGACAUCUGGGAGGAGGGAGAAAUGCAAAAAAAAGAAAGACCAGGGAGUCCCUUCCUUUCCUGUUCCGCCUUCACCCUCCAUUCCUUCCCAACCUUUUGCACAAAGUAGCUUCAUCUCCCUCUUUUAAUUCCUCCAAGCGGCAGUUCUGGGGUGGUUGCAUUGAAGGCGCCUGAGGACCUGAGAGGCUGGGGCUGCUGAAGUGAGUAAAACAAUAAAUGCAAAUAUUCCUAUUAUUUUUUUGUUUUGUUCAUCUUUGUGCAAUGCAAGGGAGAGGGAGGGAGCCCAGCAAGGGGGCGAGGGAGGUCCGCUGUUGCUCAGGGGCAGUGCAGCUGCUCUGAAUGCAAAAGGCCCCAAGCAUCCCCAUUUAGGGCUGGGAAUACUCCUUUCCCGAGAGCUGCUGCCGACCAGGGUAGGCGAUGCUGAGUUGGGCAGCCUGGCGGGUCAGUCGGUAGAGCACCAGACUCUGCCAUCUCAGGGCCGUGAGUUUGAGCCUCACCGUUGGGCAAAAGAUUAUUGCAUUGCAGGGGGCUGGACCAGAUCGCCCCCGGGAUCCGAUUCUGCAAUGCUGUGAUUCUAUGACUCUGUUUACGGGAGCUUCCCAUUUAAACAGCUCUUCCAUUAGGACCGUGAGGACUGGAAUCUUCACUCUGCCUUUAAGGAAAGAGAUAGAGCACCUGCUUGGCAUGCAGAAGGCCUUGGGUUCAAUCCCGGACAUCUCCAGGCAGGGAUUGGGAGGCUACCCCCUUCCUGAAACCCUGGAGAGCUGCUGCCAGUCAGUGCAGACAGUACUGGGUUAGAUGGGUACUUUGGCUUUUUAUUGCCAUAGCUCAUGCAGAAGGUCAUGGGUUUGAUCCCUACUGGCUUCUCCAGGGAUGGGAGAGACCCCCUGCCUGAGCGCUGCCUGAGCUGCUGCCAGUCAGUGUGGAUGUAGAAUCAUAAAGUUGGAAGGGACCUCGAGGGUCAUCUAGUCCAACCCUCUGCAAUGCUGGAAUCUUUUGCUCUACAUGGGCCUCGAACUCACAACCCUGAGAUGUGUGAGAGUCUCAUGCUCUGCCAACUGAGCCAACUCUAUCAGUUCCGUGGUUGGUGGACCUACGGAUUGACUUAGAAUAAGGCAGCUUCCUAAUCUCAGUCUGGGGUCGCCAACCUGGUGCCCACAGACACACAGGCCGAGCCUUGCAUGGCGCUCCUGAGAGGACUUUUCUUUCCCUCCUACCGAUCAGAUAGGCAUGAACAAGGCUGUGCCUUGUAGCUGAUAGAAAGACGGGUGUUUUAUUUAUAUAUAUAUAUAUUUUUGCUCCACCUUUUCCCCCUGACAAGGACUCAAAGCAGCCUACAGAUAAAAAUUGCAGAUGUCCCUGGCCUGGCCUGGCCUUGAAAACAGGAAAAAGUCACGGAAGUAGUGUGACACAUUCACACCACCCAUUAAAAACCCUGUCAGUGAGUUUAACCAUUCAUAGAGUUGGAAGGGACCACGACAGUCAUCUAGUCCAACCCCUUGCGAUGGAGGAAUCUUUUGCUCAAUGUGGGAUUCGAACCCAUGACCCUGAAAUUACUAGUCUCAUUCUCUACCAACUGAGCUACCAUGCCGCUUUAGACAGGUAUGGCUUCUUCCCCCAAAGAAUUCUGGGAAUUGUAGUUUGUUAAGGGAGUUGGUAGGAGACUGAGAAGGCCCUCUGCCUGGUUCCCUGUAACUUGGCUUCUCCCAGCAAGGGAACCGCCAAAGGCCCUCAGCUCUGGACUUCAGUGUCCGGGCAGAAUGAUGGGGGUGGAGACGCUCCUUCAGGUAUACUGGACCAAGGCCUACAAUUUUUUUUUUUUACAAAGGUUAUCUUAAACAUUUUUUGUCAAUUCAUUAUCUCCUCCAUUCUUUCCUUUCUUUCCCCACCGCUACAAUUUUGUGCUUUGUGACCUGUACCCAUCAGGACCACUUGCAAAUGACGGCUGGCUGAAGGAUCCCUUAGUCAAAUGGCAGCGUCUCCAUCGUCCCACACGCCUUAGAAUCACAGAACAGACGACGGAGCCAAGGAACCUUCCUCUCUCUCUCUCUCUCUCUCUCUCUCUCUCUCUCUCUUUCUCUCUCUCUCUCUCUACCCGGCGGUUGGUGUCCCUCCAGGCCGACGGCUGCCACUGGAGCUCAGGCAGGCCUGAGAUGGGAUAAGGCCCCUACCGAUGGCCUCCAGGAAAGCCGUUCCGAAAGAAGGGGGUUCGCCGCCAGCCCUGCGCCUCCAGGCUGCUCCAGAGUCCCGGGUGAAAAUGGAGGAGAAGAGCCUAGCCUGCGGUGCCAAGCCAGCUGAGGGGGCGAGGAAAGGCCCUCGUUCAGCACCCGCCGCUGGCGCCCGGGAGUUCCUGCGGCGGGUGACGCCGCAGCAGAUCAAACAGGAGCCGGACGAGGGCUUGGCCCAGCGCUGGGAAGCCCAGUGGCAGGAGUUCCUGAAGGUGGUCCAGUCCCCUCACGCCGGGUGGGGGAGCCCGCCGCUGCCGGAGCUGGUGGCCUUCAAGGACCCCAAGGGCUUCCCGGCCUCGGGAGGGGCAGCCCCACAGGGCUUCGUGCGGGGUGGCGGCUGGAAGGUCAAGGAAGAGGUCCUAGAGGAAGAUGCGGCGAGCGCUGAAGCCCAGCGCCACCGGUUCCGGCACUUCAGCUACCGGGAGGCCGAGGGGCCGCGGGACGUCUGUGGGCGGCUCCGGGAGCUGUGUCACCAGUGGCUGAAGCCGGAGAGGCACACCAAGGAGCAGAUCCUGGAGGCGCUGGUCCUGGAGCAGUUCCUGGCCAUCCUGCCGUCGGAGAUCCAAGGCUGCGUCAGGGAGCGCGGGCCGGAGACCUGCGCCCAGGCGGUGGCCCUGGCCGAGGGUUUCCUGCUGAGGCAGCAGGAGGCGGAGAGACCCCAACAGCUGGUGAGAGGAAAAGUGGGGAGGAAAUGAACAAAAAAAUCCCUUCUUGGGUCACAUUCAUGCCAUAUUUAUUUAUUUAUUUAUUGAAUUUAUGUGCCGCUCUGUGGGUUAAACCACAGAGCCUAGGACUUGCCAAUCAGAAGGUCGGCGGUUUGAAUCCAUUUGACUGGGAGAGCUCCCGCUGCUCUGUCUCAGCUCCUGCCAAAUUAGCAGUUCGAAAGCACCUCAAAGUGCAAGUAGAUAAAUAGGUACCGCUCUGGCGGGAAGGUAAAUGGCGUUUCUGUGUGCUGCUCUGGUUCGCCAGAAGCGGCUUAGUUAUGCUGGCCACAAGACCUGGAAGCUGUACGCCAGCUCCCUUGGCCAGUAAAGCGAGAUGAGCACCGCAACCCCAAAGUUGGCCACGACUGGACCUAACUGUCAGGGGUCCCUUUACCUUUACCUUUACCUUUACUGCUCUAUACCCGGAGGUCUCAGGGCGGUUCACAGAAAAGAUAUCAAUAUAUAAAAUAAAAAUAAAAAUUGAGUUAAUAUCACCCCCCCAAAAAAGGGCCACAUUUUAAAUAGGCUGUCAGUCAGGUCAACCAAACGCCUGGUUAAAAAGGAAUGUUUUUACCUGGCACCUAAAGUUGUGUAAUGAAGGCGCCACGCGAACUUCCCUGGGGAGAGCAUUCCACAGAUGGGGAGCCGCUGCAGAAAAGGCCCUGUUCUUGCGUUGCCACCCUCCAGACCCCUUGAGGAGGAGGCACACGAAGAAGGGCCUCAGAAGAUGACCUCAGGGUCUGGGCAGAUUCUUAUGGAAAGAGUCGGUCCUUGAGGUAUUGCGGUCCUGAGCCGUUUAAGGCUUUAUAGGUCAAAACCGGCACUUUGAAUUGGGCCCGGAAACUAACUGGUAACCAGUGCAGUCAGACCAGGAUUGGUGUAAUAUGCUCAAACCUUCUUGCUGAGGUGAGCAACUUGGCCGCUGAAUUCUGCACUAGCUGAAGUUUCCGAACCGUCUUCAGAGGCAGCCCUACGUAUAACACAUUGCAGUAAUCUAACCAUAUGUUUAAAGCACUGUGAUACCACUUUAAACAAUCAUGGCUUCCUUCCCAAAGAAUCCUGGGAGAUGUAGCUGAGAGAGGGCUGAGAGUUGUUUCUGACGGUAAGCUGUUUGAUAGUGGAAUGGUCUCCCUCAGGAGGUUGUGGACUCUACUUCCUUGGAGGUUAUUAAGCAGAGGUUGGGUUGUCAUACACCUGAUCCAUCCCCGAAAACAUGCGCAACACCCAGGGAUGAUGGGAGUUCUAGUUCAAGAGCAGCUGGCGCUCUAAAGGUCCCCCAAGCAGUGUUUGAAAUUAGCCAGGCGCCAAGCGCAUUUUGCACUUCCCCAUCGACCAUUUGUGACCAAUUCCUGGGAAUCAUUUAAUCUGGAAUGUUUUCACCCACUAGAAACACAUCCUGGAGAAUUCUUAUCUGUUAUAUUUUAUCUGCACAAUCAGAGUGAGUUUCAGGAACCAAAAUGCUUUUUCUGUGCCGCCUGAGCAGGAGCAGUCACCAUUAAGAAAAAGAGGAUUAAGUCAAUUAGGAUAUGCAGAAGAUAUUAGAAAUAAAUUUAAGGAACCGCAGAAAGAGGAGGAAGGAAGUCAAUUUUUGAAAUGUCAAAAAUGAUUGUGAAAUCAGUGAAAUGUAUAAAUCUGAAAAGUACAAAUAAAAAUUUGAAAUCAGAAAAAGAGGUCAGAAGAGGCCUAUAUAUAUAUAUAUAUAUAUAUAUAUAUAUAUAUAUAUAUACCGUAUUUUUUGCUCUAUAAGACUCACUUUUUCCCUCCUAAAAAGUAAGGGGAAAUGUGUGUGCGUCUUAUGGAGCGAAUGCAGGCUGCGCAGCUAUCCCAGAAGCCAGAACAGCAAGAGGGAUUGCUGCUUUCACUGCGCAGCGAUCCCUCUUGCUGUUCUGGCUUCUGAGAUUCAGAAUAUUUUUUUCUUGUUUUCCUCCUCCAAAAACUAGGUGCGUCUUAUGGUCUGGUGCGUCUUACAGAGCGAAAAAUACGGUAUAUAUAUAUAUAUAUUCAUGAUAAUGAUAAUAAUAAAUUUUAUUUAUACCCUGCCCUCAGGGCGGCUAACACCAGUAAAAUUACAAUAAAAACAUAAUGGGGGGGAACCAAUUUAAAAUACAGGUUAAAAUGCAAUUUAAAAUGCGGCCUCAUUUUAAAAGUAGCCCGUAGACUGAGCGUCAGACUGAGUCCAAACCAAAGGCCAGGCAGAACAGCUCUGUCUUGCAGGCCCUGUGGAAAGAUGUCAAGUCCUGAAGGGCCCUAGUCUCUUGUGACAGAGCGUUCCACCAAGUCGGGGCCAGUACUGAAAAGGCCCUGACCCUAGUUGCACUGUCCUUGGCUCAAGUGACUUUUUUUCUUUGAAGUUCUCAAGUCCUUAACAUAGCUCAAAGCUAACCUAGCCUAAACUAGCCAGAAAAUCACAGUCAGUCCACCAUUUGAAAAAUAAGACUUUAGAGCUGUCUUUCCCCCAAAUAGUGACUGUAACCUUGGUUGGGGUUGCUGGGAGUUAUAGUUCAGUACCCAGAGGGCCUGAGGUCCCCUACAAGCAGGUCUGUUGCUCUGGCGAAGGUGGCUGGGUUUGUCCAAAUCUCUUUGUGCUUCACUUUUAACCAGCGACCCUUGUUCGCAGGUUCUAGAUUCCUUUGAAGAAGUGACGGUGAAUUUCCCGAGGGUGCAGCAAGUUUGCCUGGGAGCUUCUCGGAAACAAGGUAAGAAUGGGGGCGCCCGGUUUGUUUCUUCGUUCCAGGUGGGGUGGCCGUGUCAGCGGCAAAAAGGACAGAGGGGGAUGGACUGGGCAGCAAGGGCAUUAAAAUACAGAAGGCUAAAGAGUUAUAAAAGAGAAUUGCUGAACAGCAAUUGAACAACAACAACAAUUUAUUAUUUAUACCCCGCCCAUCUGGCUGGGUUUCCCCGACCACUACAAUAGAAUUAAAGCAAGAUAAAAACGGAUUUAUUUUUUAUUUAUAGCUAAAAAACAGCACAGUGCUAUUUAAAAAGCCCAUUCACUUGAAAAAUUUGGUCAAUCUGCAAAAGCCUGUUGGGCUACAACAAUCUUCUCUUGCCAGUGGAAAGACGACAAGGAGAGCCAGUCUGUUUGAUCAUUCCCUUCCUUCCUUUCUUAAUUAAAUUGGUAAGGUUCGCAGGCUGGGAAGGACUUGCCCAAAAAUUUAUUGACAGCUGCACGAGUUGUUAUAGCUAGGAAGUGGAAGGGGCAAGGUGAAUAUCAAAUGGAAGAAUGGUAUAAAGAGGUGUGGGAUAUGGCCAUUGAUGAUAAUAUGUGCGAUUAAGGUAAGACGGGGAAUACGCAGGAGAAAUGAUUCUGAGGAGAUAGGGAAGGUGUUUGUAGAAUUUGUAGUGUUAAAAUGGAAAGGGGUCAAACCACCGCAAGAGGUGUUGAAAUUUUGGGAGGUUGGAUGGUUACAAUGGAAUGGUCUCAGUGGUGGGGUGCACAUUUUUAUUUCAAUUCUCAUUUAUUAUUAUUACUUUGCCAAAAUAAUAAAUAUAAUAAUUUUUUUAACAAUAUAAAAUAAAAUGGCAAAUUAUUAUUAUUAUUAAGCUGCAGAAUAUAACUCCAAAGAGAGCCAAUGUGGUACCCUCUGCCUAUGCCCAAUUUGUAUCAACUGUAAUGUCCAUAUUCUCCACUCCUAAACCACAUCAUCCUACGCAGCAAUUGUGAAGGUGAGCAUGGGGUGGACUAGACGGCAUCUAAGGGCCCUCUUCAAACUCUUGUGAUUUAAUUUUUUAAUUCAUUUGCAUUCCUUUAACCCUCACCACAACCACGCAAGGCCAGGUUAGGCUGAGAGACAGGGAUUGUGACCUUCGUGGCUGAGCGGGGAUUUGAACCCUGCUCUCCGAGAUCUUACUCCAGCACUCUUAAUUGCUGGCUUACCGAUUUAUAAGUUUGCGGUUUCCCUCCACUCUUUUUUUUUAAAAAAUAUAUCUUUCAUAAAUACAUUUAUGAAAAACAGACUUACAUACAAGUAAACGAACAUACAAACACACAAACAAAUAACAGAAAAAUCAAACAAACCACCACACUAUAAGAUAGUAAAGGUAAAGGGACCCCUGACCAUUAGGUCCAGUCGUGACUGAUUCUGGGGUUGCGGCGCUCAUCUCGCUUUAUUGGCCGAGGGAGCCGGUGUACAGCUUCUGGGUCAUGUGGCCAGCAUGACUAAGCCGCUUCUGGCGAACCAGAGCAGCGCACGGAAACACCGUUUACCUUCCCGCCGGAGUGGUACCUAUUUACCUACUUGCACUUUGAUGUGCUUUCGAACUGCUAGGUUGGCAGGAGCAGGGACCCAGCAACGGGAGCUCACCCCUUUGCUGGGAUUCGAACCGCCGACCUUCUGAUCGGCAAGUUCUAGGCUCUGUGGUUUAACCCACAGCGCCACCCCCGUCAAACAAACAUACAAUCAAAUAAACAAAUAACAGGAAAAUCAAACAAACCACCACACUACAAGAUAUAAGAAGAUUAAUAUAAUUAUCAUCAUAUAUACUCCUGGUAUUGAACACAAUUAUAAAAUUUAUAGAGAGGAAAUUUAAAACUGACUUCCAAUUAGCCUCACUGUACUUUGUCUAUCCAUUACUUUAUACUUUUACAUCUCCACUCUUUUCUUUGGUUCCAGCGGGGAGCAGGCUGCUCAGCGAACAGGAGAGGCAGGUCCUUCUGCAACAGCGGGAAUACCUUGAACGGGAGAACCCCGGCGGGGCGUUGGCGCCAAAGCCACGCGGGAGCCUCUCUCAGCGCCACGAGCUGGAGAAGGCCUCUGAGAACCAGCUGCGGGUGGAGAGGCACCUGGCCAAGCGCCCGCCGGAGGCCGUCCCAUGCCGGGUGGGCUUCAAGGACCUGGGCGAGAUCCUCUUCCAGGAGAACCAGCGGCAGAAGCGGUGCGUGGUCCUGCGACGGAGAAUCCACACCGAAGAGCGCCUGUACAAGUGCCAGGACUGCCGGAAGAGCUUCGACCACCGCUCGCACUUCAUCCGCCACAAGAAGAUCCACACGGGCGAGAAGCCCUUCCAGUGCGCCGACUGCGGCAAGAGCUUCAACCGCAACUCCAACCUCACCACCCACAUGAGGACCCACACGGGGGAGAAGCCCUACAAGUGCGCCGACUGCGGCAAGAGCUUCCGCUGGAGCUCGGACUUCAUCGUCCACGAGAGGACGCACACGGGAGAGAAGCCCUACAGCUGCGCCGACUGCGGCAAGGCUUUCCGGCGCAGCUCCAACCUCACCGCUCACGAGAGGACGCACCGGGGAGAGAAGCCCUACAAGUGCUUGGACUGCGGGAAGAGCUUCACGCGGGGCCUCUACCUCAUUGCACACAAGAAAACGCACAUGGGCGAGUGAGGGGCG